AGAGUUGAGAGAGAGAGAGCCCGCAGAAAGAGAAAGUGAGAGUGAAAGACAAAGGCCGCGGAGAGAGAGAUAUUCACAGAUUCACAAUCUCACUGUUUGAGUUGAGAGAGUGAAAGAGAGAGAGGGGAUUGGUGGUGGUGUGGGUGUGAGGAAGGAGAAGAGGGGUAGGGUAGAGAGAGAAAGUAGGGAGGGAGAGAGAGAUGUCAGACCUAGACAGGCAAAUAGAGCAGCUCAAGAAGUGCGAGCCUCUCAAAGAGUCGGAGGUCAAGGCCCUCUGCCUCAAGGCCAUGGAAAUCCUCGUCGAAGAGAGCAACGUUCAGAGGGUCGAUGCUCCUGUCACUAUUUGCGGUGACAUCCACGGGCAGUUUUAUGACAUGAAAGAGCUUUUCAAAGUAGGAGGUGAUUGCCCAAAGACUAACUACUUGUUUCUUGGAGAUUUUGUUGACAGAGGAUUCUAUUCCGUUGAGACAUUUCUACUCCUACUUGCACUCAAGGUUAGAUAUCCAGAUCGGAUAACACUUAUUAGAGGAAACCACGAGAGUCGUCAAAUCACACAGGUGUAUGGAUUCUAUGAUGAGUGUCUACGAAAGUAUGGAUCUGUCAAUGUUUGGAGAUAUUGCACUGAUAUAUUUGAUUACCUAAGUUUGUCAGCUCUCAUUGAGAAUAAGAUUUUUAGCGUACAUGGUGGUCUCUCUCCUGCCAUUUCAACUCUGGAUCAGAUACGAACAAUUGACCGGAAGCAAGAAGUACCGCAUGAUGGUGCCAUGUGUGACCUACUAUGGUCAGAUCCUGAAGAUAUCGUGGAUGGUUGGGGUUUGAGUCCUCGUGGUGCUGGUUUCCUCUUUGGUGGCAGCGUUGUUUCUUCAUUUAACCAUGCAAACAACAUUGACUAUAUAUGUCGUGCCCAUCAGUUGGUAAUGGAAGGGUAUAAAUGGAUGUUUAAUAACCAGAUAGUUACAGUCUGGUCAGCACCCAAUUACUGUUACAGAUGUGGUAAUGUAGCUGCAAUUCUUGAGCUGGAUGAAAAUCUUAAUAAGCAGUUUCGUGUCUUUGAUGCUGCGCCACAGGAAUCAAGAGGCACACCUGCCAAGAAACCUGCACCAGACUACUUUCUAUGAGAUUGGUAAAGCUUUCCUGUUAUUAUCAACAUUCAUGGGGGCAGCCUAUACAGACACAAGGUGGAUAGAGGAUGGUAUCGCAUGGUACACAGAAAUUUAUGGGUGGUGGGCGUCUUGUGAUCGGCUCCUCCAGUGACCAGCAAGAGUUGUACUUUUCUGUUCUUCGCCAGUUUGGAUUGUUGGUUUUGCUUUUCUUGUAUGCCUGCUGCUUCUACCAUCUUUCAUUUUUACAUGUAUGAGUAGUGUGCAUUGCCUAGCCUACCAUGUGAAUUAUAGAAUCCUUUUCCUUGUGAUUGUCAGAGGAGGGAGAGACAAAGGGUCUUGGAUAUGGAGGCUUUUGCUUGUAUCCAUGGUAACCUGAAUAGAAGGAUUGGAUUGAAAUACGGACAAAGGGGUGGAGUAAAACAAUUAUUUUUGUCCUUCUGGGCAAUAAAA